AUGUCCACCAAGAAGCCCUUGAUCCUCAUAACCGGUGCCAACCAAGGCAUCGGCUUCGCAACAGCCCAAAACCUCGCCAGCACAGGCAGAUACCACCUCCUCAUCGGUGCACGCUCCCAAGAAAAAGCCGAGGGAGCAGUGAAACAGCUCUCACCACUCAGCUCCGCCUUAACCCCCUUGGUUAUCGACGUCACCUCAGAUGCCUCCAUCGCCGCAGCAGCAAAGACCGUCUCCGACAGAUUCGGCUCACUCGACAUCCUCAUCAACAACGCCGGAAUCAGCACCUCCCCAGCCCACGCAAAUCUAAGCCUCCGCGAGAACUUCCGCGCCGUCUUUGAAGUUAACGUCUUUGGCGUAGCCGUCGUCACAGACGCAUUCCUGCCGCUUCUGCGUGCGUCUGCGUACCAUGACCGGCGCAUCGUGAAUGUAACGAGUGGCCUCGGGCAGAUUGGGAUAACUCUCUCGCCGACAUCCGAGUAUAACGCAAAGAGCUGGGCACUGCCCAUCUACCGCAGCAGCAAGUGUGCGCUGAACAUGAUCACUGCCGUCGACGCGGUUACGCUAUCCGAGGAAGGGAUCUCGGUUGUUUUGGCGGCGCCGGGGUAUACGCGGACGAACUUUAGUGGGGGGAAUGGAGUGAAGGAGGCGUCGCAGGCGGCGGUGCAGAUUGUUCGUGCGGCGACGGAGGGGAAUCCCAGGGAGUAUUUUGGGAAGGUUGUAGACGAGGAGAAUUUUCUGGAAGAGUUUGGCUGGUAG